AUGCAAAGAGAACCAGACAUCAGUAAACUCAGGACCAUGUUUACACUCAGCCAAGGAGCUUCCCGACCAGGCCAUCGCCGUGGUUUGAAAUCUCAAGGCUACGUCCAUCCUGACCUACAAAAAGAAAAAGAAACUUCUCAUGAGUACUCAUCUCCUACAAUCAGCAAGCAUUAUUUUAAUUUUCUUUACCCAAUCGGCAAAGGAGGUUUUGGCCGUGUUUGGAAAGUUGAGCUGAAAAAAGUGAAAAGGCUCUUCGCUAUGAAAGCUAUGAGCAAGCUCAGAAUUGUCUCUAAAAGAAGUGUCCAUUCAGUUAUGAAUGAAAGAAAAAUUCUCUCAGUCCUUAGACAUCCUCUUAUUGUAAACUCUAUAAAAUUUUAUUUUUUUUUAAUUAUUUUUAAAAACAUUUUUGGAAAAUUUUAUUGUAAAUAUGCAAUUUGCAUUCCAAGACCGCGAAAACUUGUAUUUAGUGAUGGAUUUGAUGCCAGGCGGAGACCUUCGCUAUCAUAUUGGGAAGGUCAGAAGGUUUAGUGAGGAGCAAACGCGGUUUUUCGUAGCAUGCAUUGUGUCAGGGCUUGAAUAUAUUCAUGCAAAUGGAAUUAUACAUAGAGAUAUUAAGCCUGAAAAUUUGGUUUUAGAUAGUAAAGGGUAUGUGAGGAUAACAGAUUUUGGGAUUGCGAGGGUUUUUAACCCAGAAAACUCACAAGAUACAUCAGGAACCCCAGGCUAUAUGGCCCCAGAAGUUAUGUGUAGGAUGAACCAUGGAUAUGUGGCUGAUUAUUUUGCUUUGGGGGUUAUUGUUUAUGAGUUCAUGAUGGGGAGAAGGCCUUAUAAUGGUAAAAACAGAAAAGAAAUAAGAGACCAGAUUUUGGCUAAACAAGUACAAAUUAAAAGACAAGAAAUACCUGAAGGCUGGUCCAUUGAAGCUGCUGAUUUCGCUAACAAAAUGCUUAUGAGAAAAGCUGAUCACAGACUAGGCGCAAAAGGUGCCAAAGAAUUAAAAGCUCACCCAUGGCUUCAAGACUUCCCUUGGAAAGAGCUUAAAGAUAAAACCCUUGAAGCUCCUUUUAGAUUAACUACUGAAGAUAAUUUUGACCCUCGAGUAGGUGGAGAAUGAAAAGACGAAAUCGACCCUACAAUUGAGCAAGAUUCAAUUCAGAGCUUAUUUUCUGGAUAUUUCUUUGAUUUUAGAAUGUCCGCUGCAAAGCCACCAGAAAGCACUUUGGAAUAUAGAAAAUUUUCCUUGUCUUCGAAGAUAAGCUGUAUUUAA